AUGACGACGAAAUCUGCGGUCGCCUCCCACACCUACAGCGCCGCCGCCGCCGAAGAUGACGCUGACGAUCCCGGACGAGGUGCGCGCGAAGGCGGAGAUCUACCUGGGCGACGCGGCGGGCAAGAGAAGACCCGCCUGCUCCUCCACGAGACGGGCCUCCCCAGCGGCCUGCUCCCGCUGCGGGACAUCAUCGAGUGCGGGUACGUGGAGGAGACGGGCUUCGUGUGGCUCAAGCAGCGCCGCAAGGUGGACCACUACUUCGCGAAAGCCGGCCGCCACGUGAGCUACGGCGCCGAGGUGUCGGCGGUGGCCGACAAGGGCCGGCUGAAGAAGAUCACGGGCGUCAAGGCCAAGGAGAUGCUCAUCUGGGUCACGCUCCACGAGAUCUGCGUCGAUGACCCGCCCCAGGGGAAGCUCCACUGCAAGGCGAUCGGGGGCCUGUCGAGGAGCUUCCCCGUCGAGGCGUUCGAGGCCGACGAUGGCCGCGUUGUUGUUCCCAGGAACGUCGGUGGCGUUGGCGUUGGCGGUGCUGCUGCUGCCGGCAACGGCAACGGCAACGGUGCUGCGGAGGAGGUGGAGAAGAAAAAGGAAGCGGCGGCGGAGGGGGACGAGAAGAAAGCGGCCGCCACCGAGGAAGGGAGCAAGGACGGCAAGGACGCCGCCGCCGCCGCCGGCGUCGACAAGGUGGAGGAGAAGCUCAAGGAGAUGAACACGGGGGACCAGGUGGUGCACGACGAGGGGGUGGCCGCCAAGAACUGA